CAACCCGUGGGGAAAGGGACAUCGGCUGCUACUUUUUAACACACAAAAAUAUUCCUAAAGAAAACCGAAACUAAUAGAAAUAAUAUAAAGAAAAGAAAGAAGAAAGAAAACAGAUCCAGGGGAUAUAGACUAGAUAAUAGUCUAAAACCCUAUAAAAGAAGGAAGAAGAAUAUUGCAGGGAGUCUACAGGGAUGGCUAAGCAUGGGCCUUUGCAGUUGACUCUGGCUCUCUUGAAGCCUGAUGUUACAAGAGUACCUCAUGUUGUGCAGGCUAUCAGAAGCAAGAUUCUCAGUGAAGAGUUCCUGGUGGUACGUCACAAGGAGGUCCGACUCAGCAGGCAAGAGACGGAAAAGUUCUAUGGGGAGCAUCAGGGGAAGUUCUUCUAUAACAGACUCGUCACCUUUAUGGCAAGUGGACCAACUCAUGCCCUUGUUCUUGCCCGCGAGGAUGCCAUCAAGCACUGGAGAGCACUCAUGGGUCCCACCAAAGUGUACAAGACAAAAUACGAGGCACCACACACUCUGCGUGGCUUGUAUGGGCUCACAGACACAAGAAACUCCACACACGGUUCAGAUUCACCAGAAACGGCUGCAAAAGAGAUGGAUUUCUUCUUUCCUGAAUUCAACAGGGAAGAGUGGCUAGAAAGCGAAGGAGAAAAGUUUAGAAAAGGUUUAAUCACUUUUGAUGAAAAUAAUUUCAUACAUAGAAUAUCCUUAGAAAAUAGAUUAAACAAUGAAGUGUGAAGUAGACAUGUAUAUUUUUAGUUAUAGUUGAUUUUGUAUAUAUGCAAUAUAUAAUGCCUUUCUUUAAGCAAAUUGUAAUAAAGUCUCAGGAAAACAUGUUAUGCACAUUUA